AUGUGGGCACAUCGAGGGAAACCUGCUCAGGUUGAUGCCUCUGCUUUCCAUCCACGCUGGGAGCUGUCCGAAUUUCUUGCAGGAGGCAGGUAUCGGCUUUGCUGGUGUGCUGCUGGCUUCAGUUGUGGAGUUGAGGAUUUCCGAGUUGAUAUUGGUUCUCUGGAUUUGUUGGGUCCCGCACCCCUGUACCAGCACCGGACAUGCACCACGGGGCAGUUGUGCUCCUUUCAAUCACUGAUCGGAUACCACGUUGAAGCGUCAGACUUGACAGCUGUCCUGUCGACUUGCGGCGAUCCAUCCGUGCCGAUCCGGCUGCCGAGCAGUGGUCGUCUGCAAACUACCCUGGCUGGGCAGGAUUCUUGGGACAGCCCAGUGAUUUCGGCAAGUGGAGGACGGUAUCGUCUGUGCUGGUGUGCAGCCAGUUCAUUUUCUUGUAGCAGGCUUGAGCACUAUGUCCUCGACGCAGGGGAGCUCUUCUUGAUCGGACCAAGUCCUCUGGAGCAGCAUCGCACGUGUGUGACUGGGCAAGGGUGUGCAUUGCACGACAUCGCCAACAUCGAGUUCCUUCCGUUCGACACGUCGUCCAUCAUGAUUCUGGACACCUGUGGCGUAGCUCACUGGCCACAAGAAUCAAUUCCCUCGGAACGGUUUGCUGUCGUGAGUGCCAGCGGAACGCAGAUGAAUUGGGACGCCAAUCUGGUCAUGCCAGCGGGACAAUACCGUAUGUGCUGGUGUUCCAGUCCAGGCCACAGCUGUAGUGUCAUGGAAAGCUUUAAGGUGGACAUGGGAGAGCUGAUGAUGUUAGGGCCAGGGCCACUCGAGCAAUCGGCGACUUGCAUCUCGGGACAUGUCUGCAGCCUGACCAUGUCAGGGCUGGGGCUCAGCGUUCGGGAUCAGGUCAUUGUCCUUGCCACGUGCUCCAACUCUGAUCCUGUGCCUGGCUUCCUUGACGGUGGACUUGCUGCCCGCAUCCAGAGCGGGGGCAGCAACACAAGAGGGGAUGCAGGUUCCCUUGGCGGCCUCUACAGGCUGUGCUGGUGUCCUGACGAUUUGGACUCCGCGCGCUGUGCCGAGACGUCUGCGCGUAGAUUAGACUUUGGGUCUCUGACCGUGAUUGGGCCGGAGCUCUCAAGGGAGACGGGGGACACGAUCGGGCGCACAUGUGUCAGCGGUCAGACGUGUGAGAUUGACGGUAUCUAUGGCACCCAUUUGCAGUCUGCAGACCGAAUUAUGAUGAUGGAAACGUGUGGAUUUCCGCGGAGCUACCACCAAGGUUGGGAUGGCUUAGGCAAGUUGACGGUGGCUCCGGCGCUUCAGGGAGGAGUUGCAACUGUGUCUUUUCCAGCAUUCCGCGGGCCCGGGGGUGAGUAUCGUCUGUGCUGGUGUGGUUCUCCGGGAGCUUGCCACACGCACUCGGAUUUCAAGGUUGAUUUCGCUGCGCUGCGCAUCAUGGGCCCGACGCCUCUAGCCCAAGACAGGACGUGUAUAGCUGGAACUACGUGUCUCAUGGAAAGCUUUGUCGGAGUGGACCUUUCCGCAGAUGAUGACGUGUGGGUGCUGGAGACUUGUGCCCAGCUUGGUGAACGGGAGUCUCUGGUAGAUAUAGCUGGUCUGCAGCGCAGCAACUCACUCAUCUUGCUUGCUGGCGGCCAGUACCGCCUAUGCUGGUGUCACAGCUCAUUUGGUUGCUCCUUGCCUUCUGAUUUCCGUGUGGACAUGGGAAGACUGGACGUGGCUGGCCCGGCUCCACUCCAGGACCGGACUUGCGUCAGCGGCCGGAUUUGUAACAUCGAUGGUCUGGCAGGCCAUCUAAGUAUUGCAGGGUACGUGCAGGUUCUCGACUCCUGCGGUAGCUUCCAUCCCGGAGAGGCUUUGGGAGAGCCUUUGCAGGUAUCCGACACGUUGUCGCUCACAUGGCUCGCUCCACUCACUUUCGCUGGAGGUGAAUACAGGCUCUGUUGGUGCCCCGACACGCAGCAAUCAGCCACUAAUCGAAGCUCCAUCUGUACUGUCCCGCAAGAUUUCAGCAUCGACUUCGGGAGAUUCACGCUGCUGGGGCCAGGUCCAUUGCAGCAAGACAGGACAUGCAUCAGUGGUGAGACCUGUCGCAUAUCUGGACUGCUGGGUAAGCUUUCUGAUGCGGACAGGAUCGUAGUGAUGGAGACGUGUGCUGAAAGCGUUGGUCGAACAUCCCCCGAUCUUCUGUACAGCGCGCUGACCGUAUCGAGUGGGGCAACAGCCAUGGCCGACAUGAUGCUCACUUACGCAGGGGGGGAAUACCGACUAUGCUGGUGUGUCGAGCACGGGGCGGGUUCAUGUGACACCAUUGCUGACUUCACCACUGAUUUCGGAGGGCUCCAGCUCCUGGGGCCCCGACCACUUUUACAGCAUCGCACCUGCGUGAGCGGCUCCAGAUGCAGCCUUCGUGGCUUUGAAGGUAUCGGACUGUCAGUCGGAGAUCAGCUGCUCGUGGUGGAUACAUGCGUCGUUGGCGAGGUUCUGCCGCAAUUCGCAGCAGGCAUAGUGCAACAGGUAACCGCCUCGGGAGCCCAGAUGUCAUGGGGUCCGGCAGCUAUCACUUCAAGAGGUGGAGUGUACCGCUUGUGCUGGAAAGCAGGUUCUCCCAGAGUUGCAAACCUUUCUGCUCUCAAUGCCGCGUGGCCACCAGGAAUCGUGGCUUCAGACUUCCAUGUGGAUAUUGGAAGUUUGACAAUAAUCGGAGUUAGCCUUCUCGAGCAAGACCGCACAUGUGUGAGCGGUCGGACUUGCCAAAUUGAUGGUAUUCGAGGACAAGAUCUUUCAGAGUCGGACCGGGUCCUGGUGCUUGACACGUGUUCAGCAGGAACCUUGGCACCUGGAUGGCCAGAAGCCGGCUACGCUGUGGAAGUGUCGGCGAGUGGAGCAAUUGUUUCAUGGGGUGCAGAGAUGGUUUCUGGCUCAGGUGGCUGGUAUCGCAUGUGUUGGUGCUCUGGCUCUGCGCAGGAGAACCGAACUUCGUGGAGUGAUUCGGCUUGUGGCCACAGCUCAGGAGGUACCAUUGGCUUAGUAGACAUGGGAAGAAUGCUUCUCAUUGGGUCAAGCCCUUUGCAGCAGCAUCGUACAUGCGUCUCCGGACGAGCAUGCGCAGUAGAUGGACUUGUGGGUUUCAGUUUGUCUGCAUCCAACCAGUAUUUGGUGACUGACACAUGUGGCCAAGCUGGUGCCAUAAACCGUUUUCCGGGCUUUGGUGCAGCGACAACGACCCUUGCAAGUGGCUCCUCUGUUUCUUGGGGCCCGGAACUGAUCACCGCAUCCGGGGGCAUCUACCGGCUGUGCUGGUGCGAGGACGUGUCAGGAAGUGGAGAUUGCUUUUUCGCUGGCCAGUUUGAAGUCGAUGUUGGGGAAAUGCAGCUUCUGGGACCCGCCCCUCUGGACCAGAGGGGAACUUGCGUGAGUGGACACACAUGUGUUCUGACUGGCAUAGAAGGGCUUCACUUACAGACAGGUGACAGUGCCUUGAUUCUGGAUACAUGUUCGCAUUCUGUGCAGCCUCCACGCAUGCCAGACCCUGGCUACUUGAGUUACGAGGCUAUGGCUCAGAACUUCUCAACAUGGAGGAGGGUGCUCAGCUGGAGCAGAAUUUCAUCUGCUGGCUCCGAGUACCGACUGUGUUGGUGUUCGAAGCAAGGUCCUGAAACCUGCACGGAGUCGGUCGACUUUGGCAGCCUGCGGCUCGUCGGGCCUGCUCCGCUGUCUCAGCACCGUACCUGUGUCGCCGGUCAGACCUGCGCACUUGGCCGCAUAACCGGCGCAGAUUUAUCAUUGACUGAUGAUCGCCUGCUGGUUAUGGAGACCUGCGGCACAUACAGCAGCUUGCGUGGCUUUCCCGAUGGUGGCGAGGCCCACCUGUUUGGAGCAGAUGUGGCAUUCAAUGGCUCUGCAGAGAUCCAGGUCGAAGCUUUGGAAGUGAAGUGGACGUCGCCAGUCUCGAGCGCUGGAGGUCAGUAUCGACUGUGCUGGUGUUCCAGUCUUUCCGAUGAGAGCUGUGUGAAUUUACCAAGCACGCAGACGGACAUAGGUGAACUGACUCUGAUUGGCUUCUCACCACUGGCACAGGACAGAACGUGUGUGAGCGGCCAGACGUGCAAGUUCCUGGAUAUGGAAGGUCUGCAUCUUCCCAACAACAGCCGGCUUCUUGUCCUUGAGACUUGCGGGAAGCCGGCACUAGUGGAGUCCUUUCCAACAGCGGCACUUCUAUUGAAUUCCACGACGUAUGACCUGGAAGUUCAUUUCGACAGGGUGCUUACGGCAGCGGGCGGCGACUAUCGGAUGUGCUGGUGUGCGGGUGCACCAUUUCAGUGCGCAUCUGCAGACAAUUUCGGAGUCGACGUGGGGCGGCUGCAUGUUGUUGGUGUAAGUCCAAUGCUUCAAAGUCGGACAUGUGUCAGUGGGCAGACCUGUGAAUUUGGGAACAUUAUGGGCACGUCCCUGGACAUUGACGAUCUGCUGGCUGUUCUGGACACUUGUGGCAUCCAGGGUAUGCUUCCCAGAUUUCCAACAUCUGCGCAGGUCAGUCUGUUACAUGGUGAGUCGGCUACCUUCUCCUUCGGCAUCAGUCCAGUCACUGCUGCUGGAGGCACCUACCAGCUGUGCUGGUGUGCGGCGAAGCACCAAGCCUGUGGAACUGCGGACAGCUUCCGGGUGCAAGUGGGUGAAUUGCUGCUGUUGGGCCCACAUCCUCUGUCACAGUUCCGGACCUGCGUAAGCGGGCAGAGCUGUCUGGUGGAUCCUGUCAUUGGUUCCUUCGUUUCCAGCUUUCGCCUCAGAUUGGUAGGCAAUGAUGUUGUGUUGGUGCUGGACACCUGCGGCUACAGUCAAAGUUCGGAGGACGACCGCCUGCUGCUCCAGACCCGGACCGGCAACAGAUCAACAACGCUCUGGGGCGAUGGGACACCAGUAGUCAUGACUGGCGGACAAUAUCGUUUGUGCUGGUGUGCGGUUCUUUCAAGAGAAGCGCAGGACACCAAUGUUUCCAAUUCGAGCUCAAGACCUGAGUGUGCUGCCGCUUCGCAAUUCGUGGUGGAUACUGGUGAGCUCGUGGUCGUCGGAGUUGCACCAAUGCGUGUGCAGCACCGCACGUGCGUGGCUGGACUUCCAUGCUCUGUGGCUGGCAUUACAGGGUUGCAUUUGUCCAGUGAGGAUCGCGUGCUGGUGAUGGAGACAUGCGGAGCAGCCCAAGUGGACGGCUUCCCCGACUUCCAGGAAGUCACGACCACCGAGGGCUGGCUCGCGGUAAGCUGGGGUACGGCAGCCAUCAGUGCACCAGCUGGGCAAUAUCGACUCUGCUGGUGCUCUGGUUUAGAGAUGUGGCCCCUGGCAAAUGCAUCAUCCGUCUCAUGCAGCCUGCCUGCAUCCUUUCGAGUCGAUAUUGGCGAGCUCAUGCUGACUGGUCCGGGCCCAUUGGCACAGGAUCGGACCUGCAUCAGCGGACGGACGUGUGCCUUCGACGGCAUCUCCGGCAUUGGCUUUCUCGGAAGCGAACGGUACCUGGUCCUGGACACUUGUGCGAUCGACACUUACGUGCAUGGCUUCCCGACAGCGGGAUUUGCAGAGAACUGGACCACAGAUGGCCGGGUUGAAUGGGGCGAUGAGAUAGUGACUGCGAGUGGUGGCAGCUACCGGCUGUGUGCAUGUAUGAAGGGCACAGCAGACUGCAACUUUGCACAAGAGUAUGUCUUGGACGUCGGCGAGCUACUCUUAAUUGGACCCGAACUGUUUCAAGAUCGGACUUGCAUUUCUGGCCAGGCAUGCGAGCUGUUUGCCAUUUACGGACAUUCCUUAUCAGCAGAGGAUUCCGUGGCAGUGCUUGAUACAUGUGGGACCCAUGCUCUGCCCGAACGGUUUCCGGUGGAUGCCCUGGUCGCUGUCCAGCCAGCUGACAGCUUGCUGUCCGUGAACUGGCAGGGCGUGCAAGUGACGAGCCUGGGAGGCCAGUACCGCUUGUGUUGGUGCAGCGGCUUGCAGAACUCCUCGAGGCCUGUGGAGGCUCAGGCGGCUCAGGGCCCAUGCCAGAGCUUGGAGGCCUUCCGAACGGAUUUCGGCCAACUCUCCAUCAUUGGACCAUCGCCAUCUCUGCAGGAUCGAACCUGUGUGUCGGGUCAGUCUUGCAUUUUCGAUGCGCCUGCCGGUAUGUACUUGUCAUCAACGGAUGCUUUCCGUGUGUUGGCUACCUGUGGCAUCGAAGACUUCACGCCCGGAUUGCCUGAAUCACACCUGCAAAUGGUUCUUGAAAGGGGAGCCAGGUCCCUGACUUGGGGCGCUGAGCCUGUGACGGCCUACGGUGGACAAUAUCGGAUCUGUUGGUGUUCAGACAGGUAUCCAUGCAGCAGCGCCGAGCAGUUUGGCCUCGAUGUCGGCGAGUUCCUCUUGAUAGGCCCAAGACCACUCGUGCAGCAGCGAACGUGUGAAGCCCUUCCCUGCACGGUGAGUGGGUUCAGCGGCCUCCACCUCACCUCCAUGGACUCGGUAGCGAUUCUCGACACGUGCAGAGAGCCAACCACAAGCCAGGAUGCAUCUCUUGGGUUCUUGGCAAUGGCACUAAGUGUGGGAGCAUCUGGCAGAGGCUCUGCUCCGCUUGAAGGAAGUGUCAGAAUCCACCAGCAAGUUGGGGGCGGAACAUACCGUCUGUGCUGGUGUGCAGGUUCCUAUGCCUGCUCCUUAUUCGAAGACUUUCGGGUGGAUGUCGGCAGUGUGUCCUUCGUUGGUCUAGGUGCUGAGCAGCACAGAACAUGUGUCAGUGGCCAGACAUGUUCCUGGUCGGGCGUGGAUUUCUGGCUAGAGUCAGCAACUGAUGGCCGGCUGGUUGUGCUGGACACGUGUGGCACGGGUGCAGGCCGUGCACCGCUUCCAAAUGGUGCUGUGGUGCCGGAGUGGGGCUUUGAGUCCACCUUUGAUGCAUGGGCAGGUGCAGAGCGUGUGACGAUGUGGGCCUCAUGGGGCAGUCAAAGGUUGUCUGGAGCGGGUGGGCAGUACCGAGCAUGCUGGUGUGACUGGGAUUGCCCGGAUGGCGACGGGAGGCUGUUCAUGGACGUGGCUUCCAUCAGCAUUGUGGGUCCAGACCCGCUCUGGCAGCACAGGACCUGCGUUCAAGGCCAGCCCUGCCUCCCAAGCAUUUCUGGCCGCGACCUUUCGGACGACGAUCGAUACAUGGUUUUGGACACCUGUGGAGAUCAGUCCAAGUUGUCCACCUCAAGCAUGACCGGGAAGCUGCUGUCGCAGAACGAGGAUGCCCUCACUGUGGGUGGUGGAGAAUACCGCCUGUGCUGGUGUGCUGCCGGCUUUCCGUGUCUUGGGGCUUCUGACUUCGUGGUUGAUGUUGGCACCUUGACUGUUAUCGGCAUCAGCUGCGAAGAGUCACAGUGCCACCCUGAUCGCACAUGCGUGAGUGGCCAGCCCUGUACGAUCGAUGGCAUUGCCGGACUUCAUUUGGCAACUGAUGACAGACUAGCCGUACUCGAUACCUGCGGUGACCAGAUGCCGCCACACUUGUUGGGCCACUUGGCCGAUGCUCCUUACAAUAUCCGUUCAGUGACAUGGGAUACCGAUUACCUGAUUGCAUCUGGUGGUAUCUACCAGCUCUGCUGGUGUGCUGGCACAUUUGGAUGCUCGCUUACCGAGGAGUUUCGGGUUGAAGCAGGUGCCCUAACAGUCAUCGGCCCUGCCCCCAUGGAGCAGCACCGGACAUGUGUGAGUGGCCAGAACUGCGUGAUUGAAGGCUUCGAUGUUCUCUUUCCGACGACUUCAGACUCCCUGAUCGUGCUGCAGACGUGCGGCGAGGCCCUAUCUGAGGAGGAGCCUUCCAUGAGCCAUGUCGUUGCUACGCUGGGGGCCAGUGGGUCCAGGGUCGACUUCGGUGACGCUUUCUCCACGGCCUCGGGUGGCGAGUAUCGGCUGUGCUGGUGCUCGGGCAACUUCGGUUGCAAUCUGCCAAGUGACUUUCGAGUGCAGCUCGGGCUGCUGAAGAUCGUUGGCCUGGCACCGCUCAACCAAGACAGGACGUGCAUUAGUGGUCAGACCUGUGUAGUUCAUGGACUCACAGGCGAGGGCCUGUCUACGUCUGCUCGAGUCAUGGUGCUGAAUUCUUGCGGGACAGCAGAUCUGGUCUCCGGUCUGGUCCUCAACGGGGUUGCCGAAUCGGUGGAAGACCAGGGCACAACAAUGACUUGGGGCAGCGCGGCAUUUACAGCUCCUGGAGGUAAGUACAGGCUGUGCUGGUGCCAAGAACAUACGAACAGCAGUGACUGGACAGACCGAUGCCGGACGCCCAUCAGUUUUGCGCAAGACGCAGGUGUCAUGACGAUUGUGGGCAUUGCACCACUGCACCAAGACUACACAUGCAAUGUCGGCAGCAUCUGUUCUUUGCGAGGCAUUUCUGGUGAAGGCCUGCUGGCAGAAGACAGCCUGCUGGUCUUGGACACAUGUGCACGUGGAACUCCUCCCGCAGGAUUUCCAAUCGCUCUCGAUAACACCAGCAUUCCCACGAGACGAAUGACCGGAACAAAAUUCAACAUCCAGUGGGAUUCAGCAGCUGUCACUGCGGGAGGUGGCGUGUAUCGACUCUGCUGGUGCUCUUACUUCGCGCAGUGCAGCACCGCUGAAUCAUUCCGAGUUGACAUGGGCGCACUGACGUUGGCCGGACCAAGCCCAAUACAGCAGACCCACACGUGCGUCUCCGGUCGCAGCUGUGUUCUGCCGCAGGUCUCUGUGGUUCCUUCGGACUUGGACCCUGGCGAGGUGGCAGUUCUCACCUCUUGCAGUUACUUUACCUCCUGGGCUCCACCUGGCUUUGCAGACCGGGGACAGAUGUUGAGCGCCCCGACCCUUCCAAUGACUGCACCCGGUGGUCAUUACACUCUGUGCUGGAACCCGGCGCGAAACAAUGCCAAUCGAACCGUAGAUGCUGACAUCGGGGAGUUCCAAACACGGCCGGAGCCUCAAUGA